GGCUGAAGAAACAUCAAGGGGUGCCCCAGGCCCGCCUAGACGGUGUGUGGGGUGAAGGUACACUCGAGUGUGGUCAUUGAGGACAAGUCGACAAGAGAUUCCUGAGUACGUCUACAGUCACCCUUUGCGACAUUUGAAGUUCUACAAUGAACCCAUCGGAGAUGCAAAGAAAAGCACCUCCACGGAGACAGAAACACUGCAAUCAAGCACCAUCAACUCACAAUAAAAUGGUGAUGUCAGAAGAACAGAUGAAGUUGCUGUUCACCAAGAAGGCAGAGCCGCCGACUUGGGCACAAUUGAAGAAGCUGACACAGUUAGCUACAAAAUAUCUAGAGAACACAAAGGUGACACAAACUCCAGAGAGUAUGCUGCUUGCAGCUUUGAUGAUUGUAUCAAAGGUGGUAAGUCUCCCUAUGCCUGCAGGAGCAGCUGCAGCUAAUUAUACCUACUGGGCCUAUGUGCCUUUCCCGCCCUUAAUUCGGGCAGUCACAUGGAUGGAUAAUCCUAUAGAAGCAUAUGUUAAUGAUAGUGUAUGGAUACCUGGCCCCACAGAUGAUCGUUGCCCUGCCAAACCUGAGGAAGAAGGGAUGAUGAUAAAUAUUUCCACUGGGUAUCAUUAUCCUCCUAUUUUCCUAGGGAGAACACCAGGAUGUUUAAUGCCUACAAUCCAAAAUUGGUUGGUAGAAGUACUUACUGUCAGUCCCAUCAGUAGACUUACUUAUCACAUGGUAAGCGGAAUGUCACUCAGGCCACAGGUAAAUUACUUACAGGACUUUUCUUAUCAAAGAUCAUUAAAAUUUAGGCCUAAAGGGAAACCUUGCCCCAAGGAAAUUCCCAAAGGAUCAAAAGACACAGAAGUUUUAGUUUGGGAAGAAUGUGUGGCCAAUAGUGCUGUGAUAUUACAAAAUGAUGAAUUUGGAACUAUUAUAGAUUGGGCACCUCGAGGUCAAUUCUACCACAAUUGCACAGGACAAACUCAGUCGUGUCCCAGUGCACAAGUGAGUCCAACUGUUGAUAGUGACUUAACAGAAAGUUUAGAAAAACAUAAACACAAAAAAUUACAGUCUUUCUACCCUUGGGAAUGGGGAGAAAAAGGAAUCUCUACUCCAAGACCAAAAAUAAUAAGCCCUGUUUCUGGUCCUGAACAUCCAGAAUUAUGGAGGCUUACUGUGGCCUCAUACUGCAUUAGAAUUUGGUCUGGAAAUCAAGCUAUAGAAACAAGAGAUCGUGAGCCAUUUUAUACUAUCGACCUAAAUUCCAGUCUAACGGUUCCUUUACAAAGUUGUGUAAAGCGCCCUUAUAUGCUAGUUGUAGAAAAUAUAGUUAUUAAACCAGACUCCCAAACUAUAACCUGUGAAAAUUGCAGAUUGUUUACUUGCAUUGAUUCAACUUUUAAUUGGCAACACUGUAUUCUGCUAGUGAGAGCAAGGGAAGGCGUGUGGAUCCCUGUGUCCAAGGACCGACCGUGGGAGGCCUCGCCAUCCGUCCAUAUUUUGACUGAAGUAUUAAAAGUCAUUUUAAAUAGAUCCAAAAGAUUCAUUUUUACUUUAAUUGCAGUGAUUAUGGGAUUAAUUGCAGUCACAACUACAGCUGCUGUGGCAGGAGUUGCAUUGCACUCUUCUGUUCAGACAGUAAACUUUGUUAAUGAUUGGCAAGAGAAUUCUACAAGAUGGUGGAAUUCACAAUCUGGUAUUGAUCAAAAAUUGGCAAAUCAAAUUAAUGAUCUUAGACAAACUGUCAUUUGGAUGGGAGAUAGGCUCAUGAGCUUAGAACAUCAUUUCCAGUUACAGUGUUACUGGAAUACGUCAGAUUUUUGUAUUACACCUGGAGUUUAUAAUGAGUAUGAGCAUCACUGGGACAUGGUUAGAUGCUGUCUACAGGGAAGAAAAGAUAAUCUCACUUUAGACAUUUCCAAAUUAAAAGAACAAAUUUUUGAAGGAUCAAAAGCCCAUUUAAAUUUGGUACCAGGAACUGAGGCAAGCGGAGUUGCUGAUGGUCUCACAAAUCUUAACCCUGUCACUUGGGUUAAGACCAUCAGAAGUUCUACUAUUGUAAAUUUCAUAUUAAUCCUUGUGUGCCUGUUCUGUCUGUUGCUAGUCUGCAGGUGUAUCCAACAGCUCCAAAGAAACAGCGACCAUCGAGAAUGGGCCAUGAUGACGAUGGCGGUUUUGUCCAAAAGAAAAGGGGGAAAUGUGGGAAAAAGAGAGAUCAGACUGUUACUGUGUCUAUGUAGAAAGAAGUAGACAUAAGAGACUCCAUUUUGUUCUGUACCAAGAAAAAUUCUUCUGCCUUGAGAUGCUGUUAAUCUGUAACCCUAGCCCCAACCCUGUGCUUGCAGAGACAUGUGCUGUGUUGACUCAAGGUUCAAUGGAUUUACCAAAGGGCUAUGCAGGAUGUACUUUGUUAAAAAAAAAAAAAGUGCUUGAAGGCAGUAUGCUUGUUAAAAGUCAUCACCAUUCUCUAAUCUCAAGUACCCAGGACACCAUACACUGCGGAAGGCCACAGGGACCUCUGCCUAGGAAAGCCAGGUAUUGUCCAAGAUUUCUCCCCAUGUGAUAGCCUGAGAUAUGGCCUCAUGGGAAGGGUAAGACCUGACUGUCCCCCAGCCCGACAUCCUCCAGCCCGACACCCCCAGCCCAACACUCGUAAAGGGUCUGUGCUGAGGAGGAUUAGUAAAAGAGGAAGGCCUCUUUGCAGUUGAGAUAAGAGGAAGGCAUCUGUCUCCUGCUUGUCCCUGGGCAAUAGAAUGUCUCAGUGUAAAACCCAAUUGCAUGUUCUAUUUACUGAGAUAGGAGAAAACCGCCUUAGGGCUGGAGGUGAGACAUGCUAGCGGUAAUACUGCUCUUUAAUGCACCGAGAUGUUUGCAUACGUGUACAUCAAGGCACAGCACCUUUUCUUAACCUUGUUUAUGACACAGAGACCUUUGUUUACAUGUUUUCCCACUGACCCUCUCCCCACUAUUACCCUGUUGUCCUGCCACAUCCCCCUCUCCGAGAUGGUAGAGAUAAUGAUCAAUAAAUACUGAGGGAACUCAGAGACCAGUAAGCACCGGUCCCCUGGGUCCAUUUUUC